CUGAUUCACUCUGCGCAGACAUGGAGAAACUGCUGAGGGGAGGGAAGAGGCCAGCAUUCUAGUUUCUUGAAGUUAGUUCCAGCUCUUCUGUUUACAGGCCGUGGGACCUUCCGUGUGUACGUGCCACAAGAUGCUAAUCAUUUCCGGCCGUGGUGACCCCUGGCUCUUUGUGGGGGUAGCUGGAUUUCCCCACCGUGACUCGAAGCUUCCUGAGGGGGAGCACGUCUCCUAGGACUCAUAUUCUGAGGAACCACUCCAGCAAAAGUUGCUCUGGUCCUGUCAUUGGACAGGAAACUCCAGGGCCGGCAGGAUGGGGUCAGCCUGUAUCAAGAUCACCAAAUACUUUCUCUUCCUCUUCAAUUUGCUCUUCUUUAUCCUGGGCGCGAUGAUCCUGGGCUUCGGGGUGUGGAUCCUGGCUGACAAGAGCAGUUUCAUCUUUGUCCUGCAGACCUCCUCCAGCUCGCUCACCGUGGGGGCCUACGUCUUCAUUGGCGUGGGGGCCGUCACCAUGCUCAUGGGCUUCCUGGGCUGCAUCGGCGCCGUGAACGAGGUCCGCUGCCUGCUGGGACUGUACUUCGUCUUCCUCCUCUUGAUCCUCGUCACCCAGGUCGCUGCUGGAGUCCUUUUCUACUUCAACAUGGACAAGGUGAAGCAGGAAAUGGAUGGCAUCAUAACCAAGAUCAUUCAGAACUACAAGGAUGGUCAGGAGGACAAACUGCAGGAGGCCUGGGACUACGUGCAGGCCCAGGGGAAGUGCUGCGGCUGGGAAGACUUCCACAACUGGACAGAAAAUACUGAGCUCAUGAAUCGCACCAACGUCACCUACCCCUGUUCUUGCGAGAACAAGACGGAGGAUGACAGCGCCCUCGUGAGGAAGGGCUUCUGCGAGGCCUACAGCGUCAACGAGACACAGAGCGGCAACAGCCCCCAGGACUGGCCCGUGUAUCAGGAGGGCUGCAAGAGUAAGGUGCAGGCGUGGCUGCAGGACAACCUGGGCAUCAUCCUGGGCGUGUGCGUGGGCGUCGCUGUCAUCGAGCUCCUGGGGAUGCUCCUUUCCAUCUGCUUGUGCCGGCACAUCCAUUCCGAAGACUACAGCAAAGUCCCCAAGUACUGAGACAGCUGCUGUCCCCACCGCCCUACCUGUGCCCCAACCUCAGGGGCCGCAGGGGGUCUCCCUGGCUCCCCUCUCUAGGCCCGCCUCCCACCUCACUGCCAAGACCCCUUGUCCGUCCUGUGCUGGCCGGAAGGUGGGGGGCUUUCUGGGGCUUGGACUCCUUUACCCUUCCUGCCUCCAGCCUUGAGCCCGGCUGUUCUGUGACCCCUCAGCUCACUGCCUGCUGGGGUUCUCUGAGCAACUCAGAGAAGACACUCCCCACAGCAUGUCUGCAUAGGUGGGCUGGGUUUCUCCUUGCCUUGGGGGCUGUAUAUUUUGUAUGUGGGAAAGUGUAUUAAAAAUUAGGGGGUAGGGAUAAGGCACCCUGGGUUGUCAGGGGGCUGCCCACUGCGUGGGUCAACUUUUUUUCCACUAUGAUGCAUAUAUCUUUGGUUUUCACAUUUCUAUUAAAGGUUGUAGGAGAGGGUGGGCUUUACCUGAUGUUAGGGGUGGCACCCCUUUCCCAGGCCAUGACCCAGCCCAGCCCAGGCAGCUCAGAUCUGCCCUGGGGCCGUGAAGUAGGGGUAGAGCCUAGAUGAGCUAAGUUGAACAGGGUCUGGACUGCUUAGGGAACCGGAGGGGCACGUCCUCAGGCUGUGUCACAGAGCAGGUACUGCAUUCACUAAGAAUUCCCUGAGCUGUUCAGGGAAGGGGGGAGGAUGCUUUCUCCUGUCCUGUGCUCCCUGGGGAGAGGGUGGGUGAGGCUGUGCCUUAUAGGGGAGUGGGAGGGGCUCCGUGCACAGUUCCCGAGCAUACCUGAGAUUUGAAGAAUGAGUAAUAAAGAGGAUUUGUAACAA